UGGCGGCUGCGGCGACCCUGGCGAUGGCGGUGGAACCCAUCAGAACAUAGUGGCGGGGAAGGGGGCACGGUCCGCACUCACGGUGGCGUCGGCGGAGACGGCUGAGGGUGGUGGAGGGCAGAAAAGCGAAGGAGAGCAAAAGGAAGGGCGGGCAGGCAAACAACUCGGCGUAGAACCGAGCGCCGGCUCGAGCGAGGGCAGAGGGCCAGAACAGUGGGGAUGGCGGAGCCGCGCAGAGUAGCGUUUAUUAGCCUGUCACCGGUGAGGCGGCGCGAGGCCGAGUACCCGGGGGCUGAACGCGAGCCCGAGUACCCUCGCGAGCCUCCCCGGCUGGAGCCGCAGCCGCACCGUGAUCCGGCCCGGUCGGAGCAGCCGGCCCCGCGGGAGGCUGCCCCCCGGUCGGACGCGCAGCCCCCGCCGCGCGAGAAGCCGCUCCCCCAGCGCGAGGUCAGCCGCGCCGAACCGCCCAUGUCGCUACAGCGCGAGCCUCCGCGGCCGGAGCCGCCGCCGCCACCGCCGCCGCCGCUCCCGCAGCUGCACUUGCAGCCGCCUCCGCCGCGGGAGUCUGCUCCCCGGGUCGAGCCGCCGCAGAAGCCGCCGAGGGAGACGGUGCGCCUGGAGCUGGUGCUCAAGGAUCCCACGGACGAGAGCUGCGUGGAGUUCAGUUACCCGGAGCUGCUGCUGUGCGGAGAACAACGGAAUCAGAAGAAGCCCGUUCCCACAGAAGACCCAUUCAAUGAUGAGCGUCAAGAGAGGCACGAAGUGGAAAUGUUGGCUAAGAAGUUUGAAAUGAAAUAUGGUGGGAAACCCCGUAAACACCGGAAGGAUCGGCUACAAGAUUUAAUUGAUAUAGGCUUUGGCUAUGAUGAGACAGAUCCAUUUAUUGAUAACUCAGAGGCUUAUGAUGAAUUAGUUCCUGCUUCUCUAACAACAAAAUAUGGAGGCUUUUAUAUCAACACUGGCACUCUUCAGUUUCGCCAAGCUUCAGAUACUGAAGAAGAUGAUACUACAGACAACCAAAAGCACAAGCCACCCAAAAUUCCCAAAAUAAAAGAAGACGAUAUUGAGAUGAAGAAGCGAAAGCGGAAAGAGGAAGGGGAAAAGGAGAAGAAGCCAAGGAAAAAAGUACCGAAACAACUGGGAGUUGUGGCUCUAAAUUCACACAAAUCUGAAAAAAAGAAGAAACGUUACAAAGAUUCUCUUUCUCUAGCUGCCAUGAUAAGAAAAUUUCAGAAAGAGAAGGACGCGUUAGAUAAGGAGUCUAACCCGAAAGUCCCCGCCAAAGUCCCCGUGAACUUAAUGACCACUGCUCUGAAUAAACCCCCCUCCACUGCUGUAGCGUUGGGAAAUGACGUCUCAGACUUAAACCUGAACAGUGCUGAUCCGGACCUCCCCAUUUUUGUUAGCAAUGAACGUGAACUGUUUCAGGAAGCUGAAAGUGCCCUAAAGAUGCUAGAUGAUAUCGACUUUGACAGAUUACUGGAUGCUGCUUCUGAUGGUAGCCCCCUCUCUGAGUCAGGGGGAGAAAAUGGAAACACCACCCAGCCAACCUAUGCCUCUCAGGUUAUGCCCAAGGUGGUACCUACACUCCCAGAGGGUCUACCGGUCCUCCUUGAAAAACGUAUUGAAGACCUCCGUGUAGCUGCCAAACUUUUUGAUGAAGAAGGAAGGAAAAAAUUCUUUACACAGGAUAUGAAUAAUAUUCUUCUGGACAUUGAGUUACAGCUACAGGAACUAGGCCCUGUCAUUCGUAGUGGUGUCUACUCCCAUCUUGAAGCUUUUGUGCCAUGCAAUAAAGAAACACUGGUAAAACGUCUAAAGAAGUUGCAUCUCAAUGUCCAGGAUGAUCGUUUAAGAGAACCUCUGCAGAAACUGAAACUGGCUGUUAGCAAUGUCAUGCCUGAACAGCUAUUUAAAUACCAGGAGGACUGCCAGGCUCGGAGUCAAGCUAAGUGUGCCAAGUUGCAGACAGAUGAAGAACGAGAAAAAAAUGGAUCAGAGGAAGAUGAUGAUGAGAAGCCAGGGAAACGUGUCAUAGGACCAAGAAAGAAAUUCCACUGGGAUGACACCAUUAGAACUUUGUUAUGUAACCUCGUUGAGAUCAAGUUGGGAUGCUAUGAGUUAGAGCCAAAUAAAAGCCAGUCUGCUGAGGAUUAUCUUAAAUCCUUUAUGGAGACAGAGGUAAAACCUUUGUGGCCUAAGGGCUGGAUGCAGGCAAGAAUGCUUUUUAAGGAAAGCCGGAGAGUACACAAUCAUCUUACUUCUGCUCCGGCAAAGAAAAAGGUGAUUCCUCCACCUAAACCCAAGGUGAAGGAGUGUAGUCCAAAAAAGGACCAGAAAACUCCUGCAUCCUUGGUGGCCUCAGUUGGUGGUCCUUCAGCAAGCUCUAGCACAUCUGUCGUGGCCUCCACCAGUUCUACACCAGCCCAGGAGACGAUCUGCCUUGAUGACUCACUAGACGAAGACCUUUCUUUCCAUCCACCUGCACUUGAUCUUGUUUCGGAAGCUUUAGCUGUUAUCAACAGUGGGAACAAGGGCCCUCCAGCAGGCUCAAGGAUAAACAUGCCAACUGCAAAACCUCGUCCAGGACUGAGGGAAGAAAAAUUAGCAAGUAUCAUGAGUAAGCUGCCACUGGCUACUCCCAAAAAACUAGAUUCUACUCAGACUGCACAUUCGUCAAGUCUUAUUGCUGGUCACACAGGGCCGGUACCAAAGAAACCCCAGGAUUUAGCUCAUACUGGCAUCUCAUCGGGCCUUAUUGCCGGGUCUUCAAUUCAGAACCCUAAAGUUUCCUUAGAACCUUUGCCAGCCAGGCUCCUCCAACAAGGACUCCAGAGGUCAAGCCAGAUUCAUGCUUCCUCUUCACAGACCCAUGUCUCCUCUUCCUCCCAAGCCCAAGUUGCUGCCUCCUCUCAUGCUCUGGGAACAUCCGAGGCCCAAGAUGCUUCUUCGUUAACACAAGUAACAAAGGUGCACCAGCAUUCAGCUGUCCAGCAAAAUUACGUGACUCCAUUACAAGCAACCAUUAGUAAAUCACAGACCAACCCAGUGGUGAAAUUAAGUAAUAAUCCCCAGCUUUCCUGUUCAUCCUCACUUACUAAGAAUUCAGAUAAGACACUUAUGUACCGCCUUCCCUUGUCUACUCCCUCACUUGGAAAUGGUUCUCAAGGGUCCCACUCCCUGGUUUCUAGGACAGUACCUAGCACCACUACCUCCAGUAACUAUUUAGCCAAGGCUAUGGUGUCACAAAUCUCCACGCAGGGUUUCAAAUCUCCCUUCUCAAUGGCUGCAUCCCCAAAACUUGCCGCAUCCCCCAAGCCUGCCACAUCUCCUAAACCCUUGCCCUCACCUAAGCCUUCUGCCUCACCCAAGCCCUCUCUGUCAGCUAAGCCUUCAGUAUCAACUAAACUGAUUUCUAAAUCCAACCCAACUCCCAAGCCUACUGUAUCCCCAAGUUCUUCCAGCCCAAAUGCACUAGUAGCCCAGAGUAGCCACUCCAGCAGUAACAACCCCGUGCAUAAACAGCCCAGUGGAAUAAACAUCAGCAGACAGUCUCCGACCUUGAAUUUAUUGCCCUCUAAUCGCACUUCAGGCCUUCCGUCUACAAAAAAUCUUCAGGCCUCUUCAAAGCUACCAAACUCAUCAUCCACUGGAACUGUUGGGAAGAAUAGCUUGAGUGGACUUGCAAUGAAUGUACCUGCCAGUAGAGGUAGCAACCUUAACUCAAGCGGAGCUAAUAGGACUAGUCUAUCUGGGGGAACAGGAAGUGGAACACAGGGUGCUACUAAACCGUUGUCUACUCCACAUAGACCAUCCUCUGCCUCAGGGUCUUCAGUGGUAACAGCCAGUGUGCAGUUUCACCAGAAACCCCAAAGGCUGAGAACAAAGCAAUAGGUGCCAAGUCCAUCCACAUUCUAAAGGGAGGAGGAGCUAGAUCACCUCUGUACCACAUGCUAAGAGAUUAUGAAGCUGGGAAGCCUAGCUCAAUACUGGGAAGGAUUAGCUCAACAGACACCUCCAGGCUACGUGAGAGAACGUAAGAGCGUUGCUUUGGAAGCAGUGGUCAGUGUGCUGGACAUUUCCCUUCUCCCCAGCAGGAGAGGUUGGAGGUGCUUCCUCUUCGUGCCAAAGGAGGGGGCACUUCAAGAGGACCAUUCGGGAGAUUGACACAGCCUGUGGAGUUUGAGGGACACAGGGACUGGUGUCUAACUCACUUCUAAAAGUCUAAAGACAAACUGUAGGUGGCCAGCUCCUUGGGAAGACAGAAGAGGAGAAAAGGCUGCAUUUGGAAUGGCUUGCACUCUCCAACUUCCUGUGGGGCUGAUGUGGCUCUCAAGAGAGGGAGCCAGAUGUGGUCAUUUUAAGAAGGAAUGCAACCAAAGGGAACACCUAGAAGGAGGAAAUGACCUCAGUGGAGGGGGCGCUGCUGGAAACUAAGGGGUUGGGGGCAGGAAUCCUAAAUAAGUAGAGAAGGCAUGGCCUACAAGGGAACUACAGGUGAGAGAUCCCCAGUGACAGAAAUUCUGGAGAACCCACGAGAAAGCACCUAUGAGAAAAGAAGCACUGCAAUCGGCUACUCCCCGAGGACACUAACACCCGUUUACAAUUCUAGCAAUCAAGUAAGACCUUAGCUCUUCUUCCAUGGCUACAACAGGAGAGUGGGCCCAAAACAGCAACUGGCAGGUGGGGAGGAGGUGGUGCGUGAGAAAUAGAAAUGACACUGACCACGAAACCCACUCUCGCUAGAUUUCCAGGCUGGAGGAAGGGAGAAGUUUUAAAUUAACAUUUGAAGUUUUGAUAUGAUACUGGCUGAGACUUGUUAAUACCUAGAAGAACAGAGACUAUUUUUAAAAUGAUGAUGAUAACUCUAACUCGUUAUCUAAAGGAGACUGGAAAAAGCUAUAAAUUCCCCCAGGCAUAAGAAUAAAUAUUACAGCAUGUUUGUAGGGGCACGCAUGAGAAAACAGUUGCUUUCUGUUUAUACCUCUCAAAGUCUAGAUUGUUCCGCAAAAAGAUUGCAUUUGAAAGGGCAGAAGAGCAGAUCGGGGAGAUGGAGAGGUUGGCAUGUCCUCCAACCCUCACUGCCCAUUUUUCAUCCCCUGGCAGCCUCAGUUGACAAUGGGGAGAAGUUUUAUUGGAUGAAGUUUGGCGUUUUAAUGUUACCUAGACUGGAAAUUUUUAAAACCAAAGAAAAAAGGCUAAUUGUCCUGUUAUUUCCUGGAGAAGCUGUGUGAACCACCCACGAUUUCAUGCUGGAGAGAAAGGAGAAGAACCAGGAGGUUCACAAGCUGCCAUGGUGAGCGGAAUAAAUUGCUCUCUGCUUGCAUCCAGCAAGUCCAGCUUGCUUGUUAAUCAUCACAUUUACUUCUGAGUAUCAUAAUGUACUGCCGUUUAUAUGCGACAGGAUGUUAUCAAUAAGAUAAAUUUGAUUACAUGUAAGAGCUUUAAAUAGCAGAAACUACUAUAUAAUGGGAAGUAGCCAUGGAAAUCCUAUAAGCCACAGAGAUUGAGUGAUUAUCUUGCUGAAACGCAUUUACGAGAGUUGUCAAACUUAAAAAUUAAUUACCUGUUUUCCUUUUAUGAAACAGGCAAGUGUUUCUCAUUUGCUGUCCUCUUCUGUGAUGACAAGAGGCUAUCAGGAGUAUGUUGCUGUGUGGUCUAAAGUCUGUUCAUUUCCACAUCCUUCUAUUCUAUUCUCUGUGUUACAGGGCCUAGAAUUACGGAAACUACAUUUCCCAAUCUCCUUUCCUUCAAGACUCUGGAUGUGAUUUCCUUCUGCUAGUGUGUUCAUGUGAGAUUUCACUGGUGGGAGGAAAAAAAUGGCAUUUCUUUUUCUCUGGCAGCACGUAGCAAAAUGGUAGGCCAUGGUAGACAUACAGUUCUACCUACUCUCCCAGUGACCUCCUAUUGGGCCCCUAUUUCAGUACUUGGGGCAGCUCUGCUCAGCAGUGGGGCUUCCCUGCAUUUUUCUUACCUAGGUAAACAGCAGCAACCUCCUAAUACUCUGAACUGCUGAGUGUUAAUGGCAAGUUCCCUGACUCCUGCAGGUCUAAUAAUGCCAUUAGCACCUCAGUGCCCUGCACUCAAUCCUUUCUGCUUGAAAGGCCUGCAGUGGUUUCUCUUUCUGACUGAGCCCUGACGGAUACAGCUGAUAUUUUCAAAGAAAUAAACAUACUUAAUGGGUUCCUUUAAAAAAAGUUAAAAGUAAUUUCUUAAAGCUGUAAGUGAGGCAUUAACUGCCUUUUUAAAAGAAACUCAUGCUAUGAAGAGAGAAAUUUGAAAAUGGAUGUUUAGAAAUGUUUAUCACUAUGUGAUUUUGUUGCCCAAAAUAAUGUGUUAAAACCCAGGAUUUUCAAAAUAAUGAAACAAACUGAAUUACAUUGUUUUCAAUAAAUGGUAAUAAUCUUUCUUUACUGAGAGA